AGGAGGCGCGAGCCGCGCCAAAGUCUGCAAAGGCCUCAAGUCUCCACACCAGCCCAGACAAACGGCCUUGUACCUAAACGAAAUGAAGCUACGAUUUUUCCGCUCUGCCGCCUCAAGCAGCCACACCUCCACACUUCCGGCGGUGUACCGGCCAAAUGUCGUCUGCCAGCAACUUCCGUCCUCUUAGCCUAAAAGCGGAAAACGGAGGCUCGGAACCGCUGCGUGGUUCUUGCUCUUCACUCGGCCGUUUUAAAGGGCGACCCUUUCCUGUCCCGGCCUGCGUGGCGUGGGCUUGUGGGUCUUUGAGCCCCGAAAAUUGAGAGCGUUUUCGUAGCCCAGGGGCUGCUCCUGGCGGCCCUGCGGCCGUCACCAUGCCACAGAACGAAUAUAUUGAAUUACACCGCAAACGCUAUGGAUACCGUUUGGAUUACCAUGAGAAAAAGAGAAAGAAGGAAAGUCGAGAGGCUCAUGAACGUUCAAAGAAGGCAAAGAAAAUGAUUGGUCUGAAGGCUAAGCUUUACCAUAAACAGCGCCAUGCUGAAAAAAUACAAAUGAAAAAGACUAUCAAGAUGCAUGAAAAGAGAAACACCAAACAAAAGAAUGAUGAAAAGACUCCACAGGGAGCAGUACCUGCCUAUCUGCUGGACAGAGAGGGACAAUCUCGAGCUAAAGUACUUUCCAAUAUGAUUAAACAGAAACGAAAAGAGAAGGCGGGAAAAUGGGAAGUCCCUCUGCCUAAAGUACGUGCCCAGGGAGAAACAGAAGUAUUAAAAGUUGUUCGAACAGGAAAGAGAAAGAAGAAAGCAUGGAAGAGGAUGGUUACUAAAGUGUGCUUUGUUGGAGAUGGCUUUACAAGAAAACCACCUAAAUAUGAAAGAUUUAUCAGGCCAAUGGGCUUGCGUUUCAAGAAAGCCCAUGUAACACAUCCUGAACUGAAAGCCACCUUUUGCCUACCGAUACUUGGCGUAAAGAAGAAUCCCUCAUCCCCACUGUAUACAACUUUGGGUGUUAUUACCAAAGGUACUGUCAUUGAGGUAAAUGUGAGCGAAUUGGGCCUUGUGACGCAAGGAGGCAAAGUUAUUUGGGGAAAAUAUGCCCAGGUUACCAACAAUCCUGAAAAUGAUGGAUGUAUAAAUGCAGUCUUACUGGUUUGACAGCAAUUUCAUAUAUAAUUAUCGAGGACUACACACCAAUUGAGAAAACUGCCAUUACUGUGAUAUUUCUGAAUACUACCAAACAGCCAUACCUGUCUGCAAUGAAGAUUUAUUAAAUUGUAAACAUUAAAAUGGUCCUGUUUUAUAAAUGGUCUUUAUUUUGAAGUCUGCCUAGACCCCAUGUUCAUAAAAUUGAAUGAUUGAAAAAAAGCAAAUAUACAAAUACCCUACCUCAUCAAUAUCUGCAUUUGUGCGUGGGUAUUCGGUAAUUUCCUGAAAACACCACAGUGUUCGUUGAAAAUGCCUUUCAGAAAGGUUAAUACACAAUUAUGUGUCUGAGAAUUUAACUGAAGUAUCUUCUGCCUCAUUAAUCAUUAAUCCUAAAAAAGGUAGCAUUAAUACAGAUGUUAAGUUUACAGUGUUUACACUAAAAGUAUGUGAGAAGACACUAAAAGUUCAAAACUCUUAGAGAAAUCUUUUCACCUGUGAAAUCCAGUACAGCAAAAGGUCUAGUGAAUUACAUUCUAAACAUUUUCAUUUCAUUUACCAUGUGUAAUAAUAUGUACUUGGCACUACUUUCUACUUGAAUUUCAUGAAAAUGAAAAAAAAAAUACUAAAGUAUUUGUAUUUUCUUAGCAUUUUCUGUAUUCUAAACAGUAUAUUUAUAUUUUCAGAAUGGUAUUAAGAAUUAGUUUAAGUAACUCCAGCUAAGUUUUAAAAGGAAAAAGAAGACUGCACUGAUUCCCUGAGGAGAAAUUUAUUUGCAGUUACUUAGAUGAUGUAAGAAGGUAAGGUUUUAGGGUUGUAACCUGGUGAAAGCACUUUUGUGAUCUGUUAUAUGUUGUGGCUUUAAGGGUGGCAGUAUAUUACAUUAAUCUAUAAUCACCACAUUGUUUUAAAUUGUUUAUUUUUUUUUUUAAGAAGUCUGUCUUCAGAGUACAACCAAUGUGAUUGAUUGUGCCUUUAACAAAGUCAUUCAAUGUCUAAACAAGUUCAGUAUCUGAAACAUCUUCAUGAGGAAAACAGAAGGAAAAGAAUUUCAAAACACAGACCAGGAAACAAUCACAAAAUAUAGGUUUAAUUACUACUUUUAAACUUAAAAAAAAAAAAAAAAA